AUGCCCGCGCGAGACGCCGUUGCCUGGAACGCGCUCAUCGCCUGCCACGUCCGGCACGGGCGCCCAGCAGCCGCCGCCGAAGCCUUCCGCAGCAUGGCAGCUGCCGGGUUCGCACCAACAGCCGCCACCCUCUGCACCAUGCUCAAGGCCUGCGCCUCCUCCCGCGCCGUCCGCCCCGGCCGCCAGGUCCACGCGCGGACACUACUCGCGCGCCACGAUGAUAUCAUCAUGAAGACAGCACUUGUAGAUCUCUACAUGAGCUGCGGCUACGUCGAGGAUGCCAACAGAUUGUUUAUCCACAUGGAGCGCCCAAAGGAUGCGGCGCUAUGCAACGCUCUUCUCUCCGGCUGCGUGGAGAAUGGCCAUUUCCGGGAAGCUUUCUUGAUGCUGGGGGGAAUCGAGCCCAACGGAAUCGCGCUGACAUGCGCUCUCUCAGCCUGCUCGGCCACAGCAAACUUGGCAUACGGUCUGCAGGUGCACUGCAAGGCUCUCCGCUGCGGGUUCGAUUCCGAGACUAUCCUCUGCAAUGCGCUCAUCGACAUGUACGCAAAGUGUGGGCGGACAGUGGCUGCACGCAAGGUCUUCGAUCGAAUGACCGGCCGAAAUGUCCUUUCUUGGUCCAGCAUGGUUGAUGGUUAUAGUCGCCAUGGGCACGGCGAAGAGGCUUUGGAUCUGUUUGAGAGGAUGGAGAAAGCUGUCUCGCCAAACGCCAUUACAUUUCUGGCUGUUCUCUCAGCUUGUGGACACUCUGGCCUCGUGGACCAAGGCCGAGCCAAGUUACAUUUGAUGAAAAGCAAGUAUGCAAUUGAUCCAGGACCAGAGCACUACGCUUGUUUUAUUGACAUGUUAGGCCGGGCAGGACAGAUCGAUGAGGCAUGGGAUCUCUACUGUAGUUUGCGUGCGAAUCUUACUGAGCUUUCUGGUGCUAUCUGUGUGGCUAUGCUGAAUGCAUGUAUAUCUAACAUAGAUGUGGUGAGAGGCAACAAGGUAGCUGGGCAUCUUCUGGAAGUUGAUCCGCAGAAUACUCGAAACCUUGUGUUGAUCUCAAAUUUUCACGCUGCUGCUAGGCAAUGGUCUGUAUCGGAUGAGUCAAGGGAGGUUAUAAUGAAAAAGGGUCUGAAGAAAGAAGCAGCUAGUAGUCAUGUAUCUAUGGGCUAA